AUGAUGAAAGGAUUUGGGAGGCCACUCAACGAAGAAUCCAUCAUACAUUCAAGUCCUACUGUUUAUAAAGGCGAGCCAACAUUUUUGUUAACUAAUGAAGAGGAUGAAAUGUUGGCUGAACCUUUCAAGCCUGCGCUUAUAGGCAUAUUCUCUAAAGGUCGGCCAUCUAUGGAGUAUUUAUGGACUCAAUUUCAAAAAAUAGGGUUUAAAGGCGAGUUCUCGCUGGGGCAUGCUGAAAUAGACUGUCAACAUGUGAAGGGGAACAGGAGUGAGGCAGAGGGCGCGCAAAAAAACCCUAAGGUUGCGGAAGAGCAAGCGAAAAAAUAUGCUGCUACGGAUGUUUUUAAAGGUAAUGUGAUUGCUAACAAGAAUACAUGGAAACAGAAGGAAGCUUCUCUCUUGAUCGAUGAGGUUGUUGAUAAAGGUAAGAAGGUUUCUACAGCAGGCAUGAACUCCAAACGAAUAGAUGAAGAUCACUUGCAGGAGAAUUUAGUCGUAAAUACAGAACCUAAAGAGUCAUCUUCAGGAAUAGUUGCGGCAGAGAAGGAUAAAAUUCCAAUUGAUGUGAUUGAUAACACUCCACCAAAUUAG